GCACUCGGCGUCCUACACGAGCGAUACUUUCAGGGGUACGGGGCUGCUUCUGACAGGGAAGGGUGGCUUCGCCAGCUCAAGCCGGCUUUUGCGGCAACCUGUAGGCUUCGGCACGUGCACGACCAUCUUCACCAUUCGAUCAAUCUUCCCUACAGGAACUGCACACGCCAAGAGAGUCCGACGAUUCUGCCAUCAGCUUUGCAUACCCAUACGCCAUCAUCACCAUAUAAUCGGCCCGUCCAGAUGUCACAAGCGGAGCUUUCACAGUCUGCAGCGGUCGCUCCAUCAAUAACGCCUGGCACCAGCACCUGGAAAUGUCACUGGAAUAGCUGUCCCGGCGUGUUCGCCAACACGCCCUCUUUGGUAUCCCACCUCGAAUCGAGCCAUUUGUCCCUGGAGGACGAGGCCAAGUGCAAGUGGACAGGGUGUGAAAAGUACGGAGUCGAACAAGAGUCCAAGGAUACACUCCGUAUUCAUUGUCAAAGUCAUAUCUUCGAAGAGCUUGCGUGCCCGUUACCUGAGUGUGACGAGAGAUUCAGUCGUCCUGACCAGUUGGCCAAGCACGUCAAAUCUGUCCACGAGUUACAAACGCUAAGAGAGGCAGUAUACAAGGCCAAAAGUGUGGAGAACAAGUCUGAAGGAGAGCUCUUGAAAAUAAUCGAGCAGAAUUACGAGUUGAAGAGCCCUUGGUGGUUCGGCAAUAAGUUUGUGGGCGUGUUGAAUGGGGUUGCCGGAACAGAAGAUCAUGAAGACAGCACUAAGAAACGCAAGUUGGCAGAAUCCACCGAAGUUCCGGUUCGGACGUUGUACAAAUUACCCCUUGACUUCAAGCAGCACAAAGUCGCCAGUUUAAGGUAUAAGAAUUUCGUGGAAAAUAAAAGCUUACUAUUUGGACCAGGUCUUGCGCCCACCCAUAACAUGAAUAUUAUCAGGAGGCAGAAAUUGUGGGAGAGGCUUGAGCGCAGUGGGGGAGAGGAGGACGACCAAGAAGAAGAGCUCGCUCUCUAUAACCAGCAGUUCCACGACCAUAUCGAAAAAGACAGCGAUGGAAUCAAGAGACAGUACAAAAAACUCCACACCGAGAGCUUGGAACAUGCCAAUGUGGACGAGCUCAAACGGGUGUACACGCAGAUGGAAAACCAACUUCAUACUGCAAACCGCAUUAACCAAAUUGUGAGCGAGCAGCUCGAGAAGUGCGUGCAAGAGAAAAGACAAUUGUGGCUUAUCAACCAAUUGUUAGUGGAUGCCAAUGUUGAGCUAGGCAUCCCUCCCGAGGAAUCUCAGACACCACAGCGGGUGAUAAGAGAUAAAUAUGACGAGGAGUUGCUCAACAGGUAGCGGCGAUUUGGACUCGGGCGAGACAUUUGGAUGUAUGGUUUGACUUUUGGCUACAUUCCACCAUAGGCGUGGGAAGUUGAUGCAAAUAAUGUACAUAUAACCCUUGGAACAUAUUCGCUGAGGACCAAAAUAAUGUAAUUGUGGACCCAUACAAUCGGACCAUAAUGUGUAGGCGUGGAAGGGGAUGGGAUCAUGAGCCGCGAGUGUGUUAAGUAUAGGCGUGAUCCAGGGAGAGUCCGGUGGGAUGACGGGCCAGAUGUGGUUGGAGAUGACAGCAGGCGGAGAUCGGUAGAGAAGAGAGAAUGCGAGCAUACGGGAGGAGUACGAGUACGCUCCUGACUGUUGGUGAAACCAGCAAGAUUCCAGGCGAUGGAAUGGGGUCAGCUUACUAUUU